UUUUGCAUCUACUUCUUCCUCUUCCAUCUCUCUUCUCUUUUUCUACUCUCCAUUUUCUUGUUCACACAAAUCGUUAAGACAAAUAGAAACAGAUAUAAGAUCACGGGGGGGUUAUUCCAGAAGGAAAGUCACAGAGGAGGAAGAAGAAGAAGAAGAAGAAGAAGAAGAAGAAGACCAUGGCCAAGGAACAAUUGCAGGUGCUGAAUGCGCUCGACGUCGCGAAAACUCAAUGGUAUCACUUUACGGCAAUCGUGAUCGCCGGAAUGGGCUUCUUCACCGAUGCUUACGAUCUUUUCUGUAUUUCCCUCGUCACAAAACUGCUGGGCCGAAUCUACUACCAUGUCGACGGGGCGAAGAAGCCCGGAACUCUGCCUCCCAAUGUGUCCGCUGCCGUCAACGGGGUCGCCCUGUGCGGCACUCUGGCGGGGCAGCUCUUCUUCGGCUGGCUCGGUGACAAACUGGGGCGGAAGAAGGUUUACGGGAUUACCCUUAUGCUCAUGGUGAUUUGCUCCAUCGCCUCUGGUCUGUCCAUGGGGAAGGACCCAAAAGCAGUGAUGGCUACCCUCUGCUUCUUCCGCUUCUGGCUCGGGUUUGGCAUCGGAGGCGACUACCCGCUUUCCGCCACAAUUAUGUCGGAGUACGCCAACAAGAAGACUCGCGGGGCGUUCAUCGCAGCGGUCUUUGCGAUGCAAGGCUUUGGAAUUUUGACCGGCGGGAUUUUCGGCAUUGCGAUCUCGGCUGCGUUCAACGCCGGGUUCCCUGCCCCGGCGUAUCAGGUCGAUGCGGGUGCCUCCACCAUCUCCCAGGCGGACUAUGUUUGGCGCAUCAUUCUGAUGGCGGGAGCCAUCCCAGCUGCGCUCACUUACUACUGGCGGAUGAAGAUGCCCGAAACUGCUCGGUACACGGCACUCGUCGCCAGGAACAUGAAACAGGCUGCGGCGGAUAUGUCGAAGGUUUUGCAGGUGGACAUCGAGGCAGAGCCCCAGAAAGUGGAGAACGCGGCUGUGAAGGAAGCCAAUUCCUUCGGAUUGUUCUCCAAGAAGUUUCUUCGCCGACAUGGCCUGCACUUGCUGGGAACUGCAAGCACCUGGUUCUUACUGGACAUUGCGUUCUACAGUCAAAAUCUGUUCCAGAAAGACAUUUUCAGCGCAGUCGGAUGGAUCCCUCCGGCGAAGACCAUGAAUGCCCUCGAGGAGGUUUAUAGAAUUGCAAGGGCACAGACCCUUAUCGCUCUGUGCAGUACUGUCCCUGGUUACUGGUUUACGGUUGCUUUGAUCGACAAAAUCGGAAGGUUCGUCAUCCAGCUGAUGGGAUUCUUCUUCAUGACAGCGUUCAUGUUUGCAUUAGCAAUUCCUUAUGAUCACUGGACGCACAAGGACAACAGAAUUGGGUUUGUGAUCAUGUAUUCACUGACCUUCUUCUUCGCGAACUUUGGGCCCAAUGCCACAACAUUUGUUGUGCCGGCGGAGAUUUUCCCGGCGAGGCUGCGGUCCACUUGCCACGGGAUAUCGGCGGCGUCGGGGAAGGCUGGGGCGAUAGUGGGUGCGUUUGGGUUCUUGUAUUUGGCUCAGAAUCAGGACAAGGCCAAGGCGGAUGCAGGGUACCCUGCAGGAAUUGGGAUGAAGAACUCACUAAUUGUGUUGGGAGUGAUCAACUUCUUGGGCAUGUUGUUCACUUUCUUGGUUCCAGAGCCCAAUGGAAGAUCCUUGGAGGAGAUUUCAGGUGAGCAAGAGAAUGACGAAGGUGGCGCGGUGGAAUUGGAGGCUGCUUCUUCCCAGAACAGGACAGCCCCUGUCUUUUAAGUUUGGUUAUCAAAGGCUCUAUUGUUUCUUUUCUUUUUUCCGGUUUAGUAGUACCUGCCUAGUUUGUUUAAGUGUCUUCUGCAUUUCUCUCUGGGUUUGAAGAAUAUGAGGGUAGUUUUAGGCUUUUGCUUUUGUUUUUGUUUUUAUCCAUUCCCUGGUGCUUUGCUGUGCAGAAAAGUAAGUGAACUGGAUAAUGAUAAAAUUUCGAUAUGGUGUGUAUGUUCAUGCCUGCAGCACUGUUGGUGCGGCCGUGAAUGAAUUUGUUUUGCUUCGUUUUCUAAA